AUGGCCGUGACGCAGGGAUGCCAGAACACACUUGUCAGAAGGAUCGGAGUUAGAGAUGCUAGUAGACUCGGAUCUCGUGCGGCCUUUUCGGGUCGUAAAUCCGAACCGAGCAACCCGAGCAACGCUCAAGACCUGCCCUUUCGGACUCAACGGCCAGCAAGAUGCCACAGUAAAAAGGAAACUGUGGCCAAGCAAACGAAAGUGCUGAGCUCUGUCACGCUAGAGGCGACUGAGUCGUUCCUGCGGCGAAACGCCGAUGUCCUGUGGACGCUUGAAACGAGAGCUCAGCGUGCUCAAAGACGCGAUCGCGUCGCUGGUCAAAUCGCCAAGAUCCUUGACGGAUACUUGGAAGAGAGAGAGAGUUCGCAAACUCCGAAGGAAACGGCAACGCCGCUCCUAAAAGCCAAGUUCCUUGACGGACGCUUGGAAACAGAGAGUUCACCUGUCUCACACGAAGGCGACCAAAGCCCGCUCCUGAAGCGUGGCAACGCAGGGAACUCACAGCUGAACAUAGUAGAUUCCAACCAUAAAGCUUCAACCCAGCAGGGUAUAUUAGCACCGCAGUCAACUCAGCAGAGUGUAGAGUGCGUUGGUUUGAAUCUCGACUAAGCACUAAAACUGCUCUAGGAAAGCCUAGAGAGAUCGUUGGUAAAGACGGGCGCUACAAGUCGCACAGACCAGACACCAGGGAUUACCACAAUCGGCGUUAGACCAUGCGAAG